GGGCAUCACCGAGGCGGUGUUUGUGGAAGAUGUAAAUGCUUUUAUGAAACAGCCUGGGAAUGAGUCUGUAGAUAUUGUACUCAAGAAAUUGGAUGAGGAGUAUCAGAAGUAUAAGUUUAUGGAACUUAACCUUGCUCAGAAGAAAAGAAGGCUAAAAAAUCAGAUUCCUGAAAUCAAACAGACAUUACACAUUUUAAAAUAUAUGCAGAAGAAAAAAGAGACCACAAAGCCCCUGGAGACUAGAUUCUUACUGGCUGAUAACCUUUACUGCAAAGCUUCAGUUCUUCCUAGGGAUAAAGUCUGCCUGUGGUUGGGGGCCUAUGUGAUGCUUGAAUAUGACAUUGAUGAAGCUCAGGCUCUCUUGGAGAAGAACCACUGCACUGCUACCAGCAAUUUGGAAUCUCUCGAGGAAGACUUGGACUUCCUUCGGGAUCAGUUUUCUACCACAGAAGUCAAUAUGGCUCAGGUUUACAACUGGGAUGUCAAGAGAAGAAACCAAGAUGAGCCCACCAAAGCUAAAGUCUAG